UUAGUGGUCCGACAGGCAUGACGGCGAACAGAAACUGGGUCACCGAUUGAAAACCGUUUAUGUCACAGUUUUCUGUGUUGCUAUCAGACAUUACCAGCGAGUUCAAUGGAUAGACGGACCCUAUCGCCGAUGUUAGGCAGACAGGUCGGGGCAGCUGUUUAAGGAUCGCAUCAUAUUAAGGCAAAGCACAUCAAAGCGGAUGAAACUAGGUCAGACUGAAGCAAAGCAGACCCGGAGCGGACCAGACUGAUCCAGACGGCACCAGGCACGUCCAAGAGGCCUGUUCAAGUUUCCUUUCCAGGUAUCGGAAGGAGCUCUGUUUUCCACUUCUCAUAGGUUCCCAUCACAAGAUAAUGUUUUUAAGGGCUCAAGAGUGGAUGGAAGGAGAUGAUUUUAAUACAGAGGCUGUGAUGAACAUCUGUGAUGACCUGAUGGCAGACCAGCGGAUGGACAUAUCGUCUACAAUGACUGACUUCAUGUCCCCCAGUUCCACUGACCUCAUCUCCAGCUCCAUCAGCACACCUGGCAUGGAUUACAACCGCAAGAGGAAAGGAAGUACCUCAGACUACCAAAUUGAUGGCUUCUCAUUUGAUGACAUGGAUCCGGAUAAGGAUAAACUGGGCAGUGACCACCAGGGCAGGAUUAAGAAUGCCAGAGAGGCUCACAGUCAGAUUGAGAAACGUCGGAGGGACAAGAUGAACAGCUUUAUCGACGAGCUGGCGUCCCUCGUUCCCACCUGUAACGCAAUGUCCCGCAAACUGGAUAAGCUAACGGUGCUGCGUAUGGCAGUCCAGCACAUGAAGACACUCAGAGGUGCAGCUAACCCAUACACUGAGGCCAACUACAAGCCUUCCUUUCUCUCAGACGAUGAACUGAAGCAUCUGAUACUAAGGGCUGCUGACGGUUUCCUCUUUGUGGUCGGCUGCGAUCGCGGCAAAAUCCUUUUUGUUUCCGAAUCUGUAUACAAGAUACUGAACUACAGCCAGAAUGACCUAAUAGGUCAGAGUUUGUUCGACUACCUUCACCCCAAGGACAUCGCCAAAGUCAAAGAACAGCUGUCGUCUUCAGAUACAGCCCCAAGAGAGAGACUUAUUGACGCUAAAACCGGUCUUCCCGUGAAGACGGACAUCACUCCUGGUCCCUCUCGGCUCUGUUCUGGAGCCAGGCGGUCGUUUUUCUGCAGGAUGAAGUGCAACAGGCCUUCUGUCAAAGUAGAAGAUAAAGACUUUCCUUCCACCUGCUCCAAAAAGAAAGCUGACCGGAAGAGCUUCUGCACCAUCCACAGCACAGGGUAUCUAAAGAGCUGGCCCCCCACCAAGAUGGGGCUGGACGAAGACAACGAGCCGGACAACGAGGGCUGCAACCUGAGCUGCCUGGUGGCCAUCGGCCGCCUACAUCCCCACAUCGUCGCCCAGCCCAGCCCGGCAGACAUCAGGGUGAAGCCCACAGAGUACGUCUCCCGACACGCCAUCGACGGCAAGUUUGUCUUCGUCGACCAGAGAGCAACAGCUAUCCUCACCUACCUUCCCCAAGAGCUGCUUGGAACCUCCUUCUAUGAGUAUUUCCAUCAGGAUGACAUCAGCCACCUAGCAGAAUGUCACAGACAAGUCCUGCAGAUGAGAGAAAAGAUCAACACCAACUGUUACAAAUUCAAAAUCAAAGAUGGCUCCUUUAUAACGUUGAGGAGCAGAUGGUUCAGCUUUAUGAACCCUUGGACCAAGGAGGUGGAGUACAUCGUCUCUACGAACACCGUCGUAUCGUGUCACAUAAUGGAAGGAUCAGAUUACCCUCAGUCUGCUGCUUCCCCACAGAGUAUGGACAGCGUUCUGACCUCAGAGGGCGGCGGGAGGCGAGCUCUGCAAACUGUCCCUGGCAUCCCUGGUGGCACUAGAGCGGGAGCGGGGAAGAUCGGCCGCAUGAUAGCGGAGGAAGUGAUGGAGAUUCAGAGGAUUCGAGGCUCCUCCCCCUCCAGCUGUGGUUCCAGCCCUCUGAACAUAACCAGCACCCCUCCACCGGACACCUGCUCACCAGGGGGCAAGAAGAUUCAGAACGGUGGGACACCGGAGCUGCCGAGCUCGGGGAUCCUUCCUGGACCCGAUUCUGUGGGCUACCCGUACUCCAACCAAUCCAUCAUGAGCGAUAACUCCCACCUGGGCAUAGACAUUAUGGACGAGCCGGGUUCCAGCAGCCCCAGCAACGAUGAAGCCGCCAUGGCGGUCAUCAUGUCUCUGUUAGAGGCCGACGCCGGGCUGGGCGGCCCCGUCGACUUCAGUGACCUGCCCUGGCCUUUGUGAGGCAUCUGGAAGGGAAGAUCUAGAGCCACUGAUGGAGAGUUUGGUCAUCCUGUUUUAUUUUUUUUCUUUUGUUUUUUUUUUUCUCCCUUGGAUCUCAAGUUUUUUUUUUUUUUUUUGCAAUCUGUGCACAACUACACUGAAAAAAAUGGCGUCUUGAAAAGAGUAUUUUGAGUUUGUAAAUACUGAAGAUUUUUUUAUUCCCAGGAAAGACGUAUCCGCUUUAGACUUCCACUCUCCUACUCUUUGAUUCAUCAUUCCUUGUAGGUGGGCCUGGUUCUCAUGGAGACAAACUAUGUGGCGUUGAUAGCUCCUGCACCAAAUGACGCUUCAUUUUUCCAGUGUCGGUUGCCAGCAGAUGGAGCGCCUCGUCACGCCGUGAGCGACGGCCUCUCAGACCGCGGCCCCGGAAGCAAACGUUACAGAAAUGUGGUGCUAACAUGUCCAUGUUGCUUCACUGACUCCUGUCCAGCAGUGGCUCUGGGACCCCCCCUCCCCCACCUAACAAAAACACCAACCAACCCUGGACUUCUGACGGGUUGAAGGACUGAAUUCUGUUGUGCAACUUGUGCACCAUGCUGCGGACGUCUAAACGCCCUCUGAGGGUUCACGUCCAGGACCCCCCCUCCCCCAACAUAAGGACACCGUUUCAUCUCAGCCAGCUGGAAGCAAAAAUAAACCGUUUUGAUGGUUCGCUUUGAAGAUUACAGAAAGCAUUUUUCCUUUUUUUUUUCAAAGGUGUACUUUAGUUUAAGUCGAUAUUAUCAAAAUCUUCAAAAAAAUCUUUUCUGCCAAUUUCUCCGAUUAAAACCGUAAAGCUUUUCUUUCCAUCUAUCCUGCAUUCAGUUUGACAUAGAAACUGAAUUCAUCCCAAAGCAGCCUGCAGUGCUUCACAUGGAGCAAACUCUAUAUAUGUUCAGUAGAGGUCCCAUCAGGUCCAGAUCGAGGUGGAAAUCAGCCCAUUUAAUGUUU